AUGAUCGUCCCGAUGGCAGCGUAUGCGCAAUUUGGCUAUUCAUACCCGCCCGCCUCGCAGUUGCUCGUGGGCAGCAGCGGGGCGGGCACCGGCGGCGCGGCUACCUCGCCGGACGGGGGUUCGAGUUCGGCGCCACCACUGUCGCCGGGUGGCUCGGCCGUUGCUGGCGGCGCACUGUCGCCAGGCGCCGGUAGCCAUGCCAGCACCCCGGCCGCCUCCUGCUGCGACACGCCGCGCCCCAUCAUCACAGACCCGGUCUCUGGACAGACAGUCUGCUCCUGCCAAUACGAUGGAGCGAGACUCGCCCUUACUUCCUACCCCCGCCUAUCAAGUGCCGCAGUCGGUGUUUAUGGAACACCAUAUCCAUCGACAGAUCAAAAUCCUUAUCCCAGCAUUGGUGUCGACAGCUCAGCAUUCUACUCACCGCUGAGUAACCCUUACGCGCUCAAGGAGGGCGGCGGCGAGAUGUCUGCUUGGACGUCGGCUGGCCUUCAACCCUCAGGCGGCUACUACCCCUACGACCCCACGCUCGCUGCCUACGGAUAUGGAGCCGGGUACGAUUUAGCUGCGAGACGCAAAAACGCGACACGAGAGUCAACGGCGACACUCAAAGCGUGGCUGAACGAGCACAAGAAGAACCCAUACCCAACGAAGGGCGAGAAGAUAAUGUUGGCGAUCAUCACCAAGAUGACGCUGACGCAGGUGUCGACGUGGUUCGCGAAUGCGCGUCGCCGCCUCAAGAAGGAAAACAAGAUGACGUGGGAGCCCAAGAAUAAAACGGACGACGAUGACGACACAAUGCUCUCUGACGAAGAGAAAGACAAAGAUGAACAAGAGGAGAAAAUAAAAACUCACAAAGAUGAGGAGCGAAAAGGAGACGAGAUGCUGCAGGGCAUGCACCAUCAAAUGUUGGGCUAUGGUAUAAAGGAAGAGUCAAAGCGAGGCACAUCCGACUGUGGAGUGCCGAUUCCUGCCUCUAAACCGAAGAUAUGGUCUCUAGCUGAUACAGCAGCAUGCAAAACACCACCACCUGCGGCACAACCGUGGCCGCAACAUGCUUAUGGGCCACCUGAGCGUGCAGCGCCGUCUGAUGGCGGAUCCAAUGGCUUUGCUUUGCCAGCGACAGCCGCUGCAAGUCCGGCUAGUGGUUCUUAUGGGAGGUAUGGUGGAUUUGCUGGUGGGCAAUAUGGUGGGCAGCACCCCUGCGUGCAUCCGGCAUCAUUCCCCGACGUUCAAACCGAUACACCACCUCAAACACCCCCUAACAUGAAGGUUCCCAGCGUCGCCAAUCCACUUGGCAGCGGCGGUGGCUCCGGCUACUGCUUCCCUCGGCAUCAGCAGUCACCUCAACGUGAUCCCUACCACAACCCUCAUCACGCUGCUAACAGUCACCAGCCUAAUCAACCGCAUCACAACGAAGGAUCAGCGGCAUUCAAGCCUUUCUAUAAAAGCUCGCUCCACCACCCCAACGGUUUCGUGCCGGCCGUCUGA